AUGGAUAAUGUUUCAAGUAUAGAUACUGUCUUAACUCUGAUAGGGAUAAGUGGUACACAGAGGUACAGAGCCACUCUGUUUUUUCUAACAUUAUUGUGCUACUGUGUGAUCUGGCUGGUAAAUUUGGUGAUUAUUGUGAUAAUUAUUGUCGAUAAGAGCCUUCAUGAACCCAUGUAUAUUUUCCUGUGUAAUAUGUGCAUCAACACUCUUUAUGGCACCGCAGGAUUUUACCCCAAAUUCCUCAUGGACCUCCUGUCUUCGUCUUAUGUCAUUUCUUAUGCUGGAUGUCUUCUGCAGGGGUUUGUGCUUCACUCCUCAUCCUCAGCUGAUUCGACUACUCUAGCAUUAAUGGCUUAUGACAGAUAUGUGGCGAUAUGUCGACCUCUGGUGUACCACUCUGUGAUGACUAAACAAAGAAUUUGUGUACUUCUGUUUUUUGCUUGGCUUAUACCUUUUUACUUAUUGUUAACAAGUACAGUUACAACAAUAACAUCCACUACAAGGAUAUGUGGCUCACACAUACCAAGAAUCUACUGUAUUAACUACUGGGUUGGUGAACUUGCAUGUCAGGCCUCUAUAACAAAUGUUAUCAUUCCAGCUUUUAAUUAUACUUUUUACAUUACCCUUGUUCUUUUUGUUAUUUGGACGUACAUAUAUAUGAUCAAAACGUGCAUCAAAUCUAAAGAAAACAGGCAGAAAUUUAUGGCGACAUGUGUACCACAUUUCUUCUGCUUAAUUAUUUUUACUUUCUCUCUGUUUUUUGAUCUAGUGUACAUUAGAUUCAGCACAAAACAUAUAUCACAGAGUGUAAAGAACUUUUUGGCGCUAGAAUUUAUCUUUUUUCCUCCAAUCAUUAAUCCGCUCAUAUACGGCUAUAAACUGACCCGAAUAAGAAACAAAAUUACACAAUUUCUUUGCUGUAAACAUGAGACUUCUAGACUGAAGUGA